AUGCAAGUUGUUCAUCAAGAUACUCGUCGUCAAAGUAAUCCUCAACAACAACAAAUUGUCGUUUUACAAACAGAAAACAGCAACAACGAUAUUGAUGGAACAACAAAUAGAGUUGCCAGUGUAACUUUAGAAUCUGAUUCACUUUCUGCUGACCAACCAAUGAGUUUUAGAAGUAAAAGACGUAAAAAGAUUCCUAGAAAAGAAAAGAUGACAGAAAUGGAUUUGGAUGGUAAAGAGAAGAUGAAAUCGUCAAGUGUUGAGGAUGAUAAUAAUAAUAAUGUUGCUUUACCUAAAGGUAAUAAAGCAAGGAUGGAUUGGGAAAUGACAGAAACUAUACCUUCAUCUUCCUUAAUGACUUCUGAUGUGGCUACUAACUAUUCUGAUGUAUUUUCUGAUUUUUCUGAUGAGAGUACUUCUGAUGCUGAUGCGGAUGAUGAACAAUCGGAUUGGCCAGACUCCUGCAAGCCUCCUUUCCGUUCUUCCACAAAUCAACAUGGAGUAGGCCACCAUCUUCUCCAUCCUGAUGUUAAUUCAACUAGUGGAGAUGCUGUUUUGAGUGGUCCUGUAUUAAAAGAAGUUCAGGAAUUUUUGAAGGAUUCUUCAAAAAAAGAAUUGUUUCUUGACAAAGUUUAUCGGACAUCUGCUAUUAAACAAAUACUUCGACAAGAAGCAGUUCAAGUACAAAUUGUCAAAAAAGGACGUGGUACUGUUGCAUUGAAAAAAAUUUGA